AUGGAGGAAGUUGAUGAGAUUAUCGUUCACUCACUGCGGUCCAUUGGCUUCCAAUUGGAUGACGAGGUCAAGUCCAUUAAGCAGCUUAAGACCGACGAUGUGGCCAAUGCCGUCCUGGCACUCGUGAAGGCCAUCGACCCUUCGCAGCCCUUCCCGCGCACCCUGCCCCGCCAAAUGUCCCAGAAGGUGAACAUUUGCUCGGAGGUGGCGCAGUAUAUCAAGGGCCUGGGCUACAAGGGCGACCUGGGCUACCACGAGCUCGUGUACCCCAACGAAGCCACCACCCGCCAGAUCCUGCGGUGA